AGGAAUGUAUUAUUAAGAAGGACCGCAUAUGAUACGUUACGAGGCUAGCUGGAGUUUCCUUUCUUAUUUGCUCCGAGUGUCUGUGAAUGCAACACGUUUGCAGGAAGUGACGUCUUACGGAAGCUCGUCCUUUCUUCAGAGCAGGCGUAUUGUUAGCCGUCCACCAUGACUACAGCGGCAAGACCAACAUUUGAACCGGCCAGAGGAGGGCGGGGAAAAGGGGAAGGGGAUUUGAGUGCACUGUCAAAACAGUAUUCCAGUCGAGAUCUCCCAGGUCACACCAAAAUCAAGUACAGGCAGCCUACCCAGGAUGCCCCCGAGGAAGUCCGUGCCCGUGACUUCCGCAGGGAGCUGGAGGAGCGGGAGCGUGUAGCUGCUCGUGAGAAGCCCAGAGAGAGGGGACCAAGAGAGCACACCACGUCGUCUUCAUCCUCCUCCUCCUCUUCAUCAAAGAGGCCCAGACUGGAUCAAAUUCCAGCCGCCAAUCUUGAUGCAGAUGAUCCCCUUACUGAGGACGAUGAGGAUGACAACUCUGGGGAGGAGAGCGAUGAUGACGACACUGCGGCUCUUCUGGCAGAACUGGAGAAGAUUAAAAAGGAGCGGGCUGAGGAGCAAGAGCGCAGGGAGCGGGAGAAAAAGGCAGAGGAGGAGAGGAUCAGAAUGGAGAAUAUAUUGAGUGGCAAUCCAUUGAUUAAUUUGGCAGGGCAGCAGCAGCAGCAACUACAACAACAACAACAACAGCAGCAGCAGCAGCAAGUGGCUCAGAAUCAGAACACGUUCAAGGUCAAGAGAAGGUGGGAUGAUGACGUGGUGUUUAAGAACUGUGCCAAAGGAUUGGACAAAGCACGCAAGGAGAAACGCUUCAUCAAUGAUACUCUGCGCUCUGAAUUUCACAAGAAAUUUAUGGAAAAGUAUGUUAAGUAGAAAAAAUGAUCUGUAUUCAUUUGAUUUCUUAUUAUUUUAGUGUAGUUUACGACUCUCCUAAACCUCUCUGACCCUCGUUCUGCAUUCACAUACAUUCUUAUUUGUCUCAUCAACAAUGUUAAUCUUGUAUAUAAAUGUGGUCGACAUACUUUAAAUAAAGAUCGAUUGAUUAAACAUUA